UUUAUCCCACUUUGGCUGAAUCUUUAGUGUACAGUGUAGUAGUAUAUUAUACUUAAUUCCUAACCUUUUCAACAGAUUAUCAUGACUGAACUUUAUAUCUUAUCAGUAUGUAAGAGUCAUUAAGUAAUAGAAGCAUUCUGUAUAUUCCUUCUCUCAUAAGAAAACAUUAUAAUAUCAUAGUAUAAAUAACUCCCAGGCCUAAAUCAACUACAUCAAACACUGACACAAAAAUUAGCAAAGAUGUUUGCCACAGCGCCACGUUCUCUAUACCGUAACUUCCCAAAAGCACUUACAAAAUAUCCUACAAAUCCACCAACAAUUACAGGGUACUUAGUACUAACUGAUGAAGAAUCGGAAGAAAUGGAUACUUUUUGCUGGGGUAUGUGCAAGCAUAGUAGUAUCAGUAAGCUCCCAUUUCCUCAAGAUAGAGUCAUGAAAGUCGUUCAAAAUCCAGAGUUUGGUGAGCCUAGUGUUCAUAAAGUUUGGUUCUUACCUGUUCUUGAUCAACCUAUCGCGUCCAGCCGCUACUAUGUUAUCAAAGCCAAAGGCAGACACAAAGGGAGGGCCUAUACAUCUUGGAAAGAAGCAGAUAUGGACAGUUGUUGCUUUGACAAUUCGAUGAAUGAUCUAAAACCAAAGCCUUUUAAUCAUAAAGACCCCUAUCAACAAUUUGAGAUUUGUCCAUAUGAAUUUGGUUUCUAUGCUAAAUCUGUAGCCUAUGAUGGGGUUCCUCCAAAAUUCCUCAGGAAAAAAGGUUGGCACGUUAAUAGUAUCCAUUCACUUAAAGUCAAUUUGAAAGAAGCUGAAGGCCUCCAAUUAUCCAUUCAUCCAUCAGAUUCAGAUACCCCUGAAUUAAAUAUUCCACCUUCUUCCAAACGUUCAGUUCCAGUAAUUAUUGGCAAAUGGUAUUGUCCAUGUGUGCUAGUAAAAGAGGGAAAUAUUAGAACUAAAGGACAGAUGAACAAAUCUUUGUUCUAUGAAGUAACACUUAAGUGUUGGUGGGAGCAAAUAUUUUCUUGUGAGAAUGAAAAUAGAAGAAAUAGAGCACACGUGGAGGUCGAUGCACGUGUGAGAAAGUUGUUAACUUUAAUCAGUGGGACUGAAGCUGUUAAAGAUGAAGAAGGGAGUGGAAGGGUUGUUUGGUUUAGAGUGAGAGAGGAAUUUAGAAAUAAAUGUAUAGUGGAGAAAGUUGGUUUGAAUAGUGCUGUUAUUGAUAAAAUGAGAUGGAUACAAGAAAGAAGGGGAUGGUUUGAUGGAGGAGAAAGUGAUGUAAGAGUGGAAGGUGUAGAAGAAAUAGAAAGUGAGAAUGGAUAUUGGAGAAAGUUUAGUUGUUAUGUUUUGGUGGAGAGCUUUGUGUUUAGGAGAAUGGAUGGGAGUUUGUUAAUCAACUUCAAUUUCAAGAACACUCAGAAAAUUGUGUGCCAGUGGGAAUGAGGAUAUAUGCAAGAACUAGUAUGUUGAAUAUGUACAUGUAAAUGUGUUGCUGGCUUCUACUCCUAUAUGUAUAGGCUUGUGUUUGUGUUCUUCUC